AUGGCUGAGCUCCCCAAAGGCUUUUUCAGGCAUUUGACGCACAUCAUCAGAGUAACAUUGGACACCAACCUGAUGUGCUGCCAUCUCGAUCUUUUGAGGCAGGAUGCUGAUUGCGAAUAUGCCUUCAAUGAUAACUUCGCAAGCUGCCACUCCAUGUUCCGCAACCGUGCUCCAAGGAGAACUCUAUGGGUUGUCGGUCUUCUGUCGUUGUUAGGAUCUUUGUUUGUAGUUGGGUGGCAGUAUUUCUUCCCUGAUAACAAUGUGGUCCAGUCUAUCAUGUUGGCGAAUCUGGGUGUAUCCGACGGCAUCAUGGGUAUAUACCUUAUUAUCAUAGGUGUGAAAGACCUGCAAUGGUCAGGGGAAUACUACCUGCAUGACUAUGAGUGGCGCACCGGUUGGUUUUGCCAUUUCAAUGGUGCCAUGUCUGUCUUUUCAAGUGAAGUGUCAGUGAUGAUGAUUUCUCUGAUUGCAUGGGACAGACUGAAGAACAUCGUGUUUCCUUACACCUUUGCAAAAAUUACACCAAGGCAGACCCGCAUAAUGUGCGCAGUUAUCUGGCUGGUGGGAGGCAUUAUGGCAUUCCUUCCCUUGUCCGGAAUGCAUUAUUUCAGUGAGAGGUAUUAUGGCAAUAAUGUAGUGUGCCUGCCCUUGCAACUCUCCCCGCGAUUAGAAGAAGGUUGGGAAUACUCCACCUCUAUUUUUAUCGUUCUGAAUUUUUUCCUAUUCAUCUUCAUCACGGUUGCUUAUGUUGCCAUUUUGUGGAAAUCAUGGUCGUCGAGCAGAGAACUCGGUGGGCAUGGAACCAUCCGUGAAAUACGAGCAAGAGCACAAAGUACACAGGCAAAAAGAGAAAGAGCACUUGCCAAAAGAGUCUUCUUUAUUAUUCUGACCGACUUCUUGUGCUGGAUGCCAAUCAUUUCUAUUGGCAUCCGGUCCCACAUCGAGAAAACAUUUGAUCCACCUGGUGAUCUGGCGGUGUGGAUUGCAGUGUUCGCUCUGCCGAUCAAUUCAGCUAUCAACCCAUUGCUGUAUACGCUUUCCAAUCCACAGGUAACAGUUUUUUUCUUACUUUGGAAUAGCACCUACUGUUAUGUGCAGGCUGUGUUGAAAGCAAAACUGAGGAAGCUGUCGUCCAAUGCUCGAUCUGUUUUCAGCAGAGGCCAAAGUCAAGAAGAAGAAGCAGACAAUGAUCAGCAGGGAAAGAUUGGAAAUGGAGAUGAACAUGCUAACGACGAAGAGGGAGAACAAAUUGAAAUGCAGGUAAUAGAACACAACGAAAUCCCAGAAGUGGAAGCCCCUGAAUUGCCUGCUCAGCAACAAG